CCAUCAGCCCACAUCAUCCAACCUCCCCGACACACUACACCCUGCACUCGAAUCCAACACCCCAGGCCUCAACCACAUCAAUCAAACACUCUCAACCCCAACAAGAUGCCACCAAAAUCCACCACCGCCGAAAAGAAGCCAGCCUCGACUGCAUCAAAAGCCCCAGCCAGCAAGGUGGCCAGUGAGCCAAAAGCUGAAAAGUCUACCAAACCUGCCGAUGGCGAGAAGAAGAAGAAGCGCACCAAGCGAAAAGAGACAUAUGGUAUUUACAUCUACAAGGUCCUCAAACAGGUCCAUCCCGACACUGGUAUCUCAAACAAGGCCAUGUUGAUCAUGAACUCAUUCGUCAACGAUAUCUUUGAACGGAUUGCUACCGAAGCUUCCAAGCUUGCAAUGUACAACAAAAAAUCAACCAUCUCAUCUAGAGAAAUCCAAACCGCCGUCCGGUUAAUCCUGCCUGGUGAACUUUCCAAACACGCUAUUUCAGAAGGAACAAAGGGUGUCACCAAGUACACAUCAUCGAAAUAGGCCUCAAGGACUUGGCUUUUUCUCUUUGAUUUCCUUGCAACUUGUGUAUUCUCUUUCAUUUUAAUGGUUAUUCGGCUGGAUGACCCAAUUGCUUGCAUACUCUCGAUCUAACCACCAUUACCCUCAGUCUCAACUUCCUUCAGUUUGCUUUACUUUUUUUUUCCUCACACGUUCUGUAUUGUAUUGCCAUCAAAAAUAUCAUAACAAAUAAUCCCUUUUCUACAUAACCUUUGACUCAGAGUAUAUAUUCUGGAACAUGAGUUUGUCUACAACCUGAAUGUUCGAGUUGCCUAAGCACUCAUGCCUCCUCCACGAGUCCACAUACAACCGACAAGGAGGCAUGAGUGCUUGGAUUUUUUUCGUUGGGGGGGGGGGGCGUUCGGGGCGGUUUCCUUAUUCGGCAUCAUAAUUUUCU